AUGAGAAAUAACUACCGUGUCAUAGAGAUCACCACUACGUCGCAUACUGAAAUCCUGCUCACACCACUGCCUGGCAUUGCAGUGAACGACGGUAGCGACAACGACAACAGCGAGGGUAGUAACAACGGUCUGACAAUGACAGCAGUAUCGGCAGUGGCCACCACCACCAACACAACCAUCGAAUACACUGAGAACAGAGAAGACGAUGAAAUGGAAAGAGGUGGUAUAUUAUACAUGAGUACAACAGGAACUAACAACAAUAAUAUUAAUGUUAAACAAAAUGAUGAUAGCAAACCCCAAUCAAAACAAUGUAAUAAUAGCGUUAAAUAUAUGUAA